AUGCGGUGUGGUAGGCAGGGACAUAAGGCUAGAGAUUGUCGCCUGAUAGGAAACAGUGGAACCUCGCAACAGUCAUACAGAGGAAAUACUCAGGCGCAGCGUGGUGCUCACCAAGGGGGUACAGCCCAGGCUAGGGUGUAUUCUCUGACACCUGGCGACGCAGAGAAUGCUGGUGAUGUAGUCACAGGGAUGGAUUGGCUAUCUGCCAGUUAUGCCAGUAUCGAUUGUCGUAGAAGGGAGGUGAUAUUUAGACAACCAGGGCAGCAGGAAUUUAAGUUCCUAGGAUUGUGUGUGCGUUCUGCACCACAGAUCCUUUUAGCUUUGCAAGCUAGGAGGUUACUCCUGGUGGGUUGCCAAGGGUAUAUGGCAUUUGUUAAAGACAUGUCGACUAAAGAACGUAACCUGGAGAAUAUUGCAUUAGUGCGCGAGUUCCCUGACGUGUUUCUAGAGGACUUGCCAGGAUUACCUCCGGACUGUGAAGUAGAAUUCUCUAUAGAGUUAGCUACAGAUACGACAUCAAUUUUGAAAGCUCUAUAUCACAUAACUCCAGCUAAAUUAAGAGAGUUGAAAGAACAUUUGCAGAAGCUACUAGACAAGGGGUACAUUCGACUUAGUGUUUCUUCCUGGGGAGCACCAGAGAGGAUCCGUGCGAUGCAGAAGGAGGAUCCAGAAUUAGUUAAGCUUAUGGAAGGAGUUUAUAGUGGGUUGAAGCUGAAUUUUAGUAUCUCCAGUGAUGAGAUAUUGAGAUUUCACCACAGGGUUUGUGUAUCGAAUAAUUCCAUAAUUAAAUGGGUCAUUCUUGAAGAGGCACACUAUUCGCUCUACACCAUACAUCCUGGUAGUACGAAGAUGUACCGGAAUUUGAGGGAGUCCUUCUGGUUGUCCAACAUGGAAAGAGAGAUCGCCCGUUUUGUAGAGCAGUACCUGACUUGUCAGCAGGUCAAAGCAGAGCACCAGAGGCCAGCAGGACCACUUCACCCACUUGCCAUCCCCGAGUGGAAGUGGGAGCACAUUUCGAUGGAUUUUGUGAUGGGAUUACCUGUGGUGGUGCAUGGGAAGAAUGCUAUAUGGGUUGUGGUAGAUCAGCUGACGAAGACUGCAUAUUUCAUUCCAAUCAGAGUCAGCCAUUCUCUGAAUAGGAUGGAUCCAGGAAGCAGCGGCAUGAAUGCUGGGGAGGACAGGCCAGGACCUUCCAGCAUAGGUGGAGGAGAUACUAAUGCUGUGUUGCGCAGUGUCACUCAGCAGGAUAUCGAGGAGAUGUUGGCGGUGCUUCCGUGUAUGGAUGAGCAGAAGGUAGCAUUUGCUACUUUUAAACUGAAAGGGGAGGCAAAGCGCUGGUAG